CAUUAGUCACAAUCCACUACCUCUCAACGAGGAGAAAGAGAGGCAUUCACAAUACAAUUUCCGUGUCUCUCUCUGUGUGUGGGUAGAGCAGGAGUAGUGUAGAACUGUAGUAGGAGAAAGAAGUUGUGUGAAGCGGACCAACCCUUCUGAAACAUAGGAAGAAGAAGAAGAAGAAGAAGAUUAUGGGGAUACUGCACGACGACGUAGUGAUUAUCAGGGAGGCAGAGAAAGAAGGUGAAAGCACUGUAAUAACAGUCAACUGCCCCGACAAGACCGGUCUCGGUUGUGAUUUGUGUCGUAUAAUUCUCUUCUUCGGUCUUAGCAUUGUACGGGGAGAUGUGUCCACCGAUGGAAAAUGGUGCUACAUAGUUUUCUGGGUGGCGGGGAAGCAAAGGACUAGUUGGAGUUUGUUGAAGAAGAGGCUAAUUGAGGCGUGUCCUUCUUGUUCCUCAGCUUCUGGGAUUUCGUAUUACCGUUCAGAAUUGCAGCCUCCUAAGCCCUCUGAUGUGUUCCUCUUGAAAUUUUGUUGCCAUGAUCGAAAAGGCCUUUUACAUGAUAUUACAGAGGUUCUUAGUGAGCUAGAGCUCAUCAUACAUAAAGUGAAGGUUUCUACUACACCUGAUGGCAGAGUGGUGGAUCUGUUUUUCAUCACGGAUACCAGGGAACUUCUACACACAAAGAAGAGAAGAGACGACACAAUUGAACAGUUGUCAGUUGUUUUGGGGGAUCCCUCAAUUACCAUUGACAUUGAAUUGGUUGGCCCAGAAAUUACUGCUUCUUCUCAAGCAUCUUCUUUCCUUCCUAGUGCAAUCACAGAAGAUAUCUUUGAUUUGGAAUUACCUGCUUCAUUACAAAGCGGGACUUCCACAUCUGAUUCUGUUUCUAUUGUAUUGGACAAUUCGUUGAGUCCUGCUCAUACGCUCGUCCAAAUUAUAUGUCCAGAUCACAAAGGUCUUCUUUAUGACAUCAUGAGAACUCUGAAGGACUACAAUAUUCAGAUUUCUUAUGGGAGAUUCUCAACAAAACCCAGAGGAAAAUGUGAGCUUGACUUGUUCAUAGUGCAAGCAGAUGGGAAAAAAAUAGUUGACCCCAACAAGCAGAAGUCUUUGUCAUCACGCCUUAGGACUGAACUACUUCGUCCCUUCAGAGUAACCGUUGUAAGCAGGGGCCCUGAUACGGAGCUGCUGGUUGCAAACCCUGUGGAGUUAUCUGGCAAAGGACGACCCCUUGUUUUCUAUGACAUUACUCUUGCUCUCAAAAUGCUUGGCCCCGGCAUCUUCUCGGCUGAAGUUGGAAGACACGUGAUUGGAGAUAGGGAGUGGGAAGUUUACAGAAUCUUGCUUGAUGAGGGGGAGGGUUCAUCUGUUCCGAGGAACAAGAUUGAGAAAGGAGUUUGGAAGAUGUUGAUGGGUUGGGUGUGAUUCUUGGCUGGUGGCAUUGUUCAUCUCGGAUGAACCUGUUACUGUGUACAGAUAAGAUGAUUAUCAUAUGUAGUUAUGAUAUGUAGUAACUUGUUGUAACGAAGAAAUGUAUAUUGUGCAAAUAGUGGUCGUGUUCACGCUGUAUUUUUGGAGCUUUUGUAAUUUUAACUUAGCGUAGAAAGAAGGGCAGUAGCAACUAGCAAGUAUAGGGGAAAAAGGAGAAAGAAAGGUGGAUUCUUUAGAGUAUUUAUAACAGAAAGUGAACUAUUGUAAAAUGGUUA